GUUACUUUCUAAGGGGGGUAAAGAAACCCGUGGAGCUUCCACAACUGCCAGCAUGUUUUAAGGCCACACCUUAGUUAAGGAUCAGAAAAAGAGGUGUUUGCAUGUGUUCAUGUGUUAUGUUAAGAGGCAGUUCUUGCGCUUUAAAUCUACUGUUCGGAAUGACAGCUUUUGACCGCAACACCCGUAUUAUUCGCCCUUCCAAGAAACUGCAGCCCUGCCUUGGGGACCCGGCCUGUAUUUGCCGAGUUCCCGUGUCUGCCCCGUGUGCCGGGCGCUGGGGCACCUGCGCUCCCCGGGCCGCUCGGCUGUCGGCGAUGGCACAGCCUGUGCCGCUUGCCGCCCUCACUGCCAGGCAGCGGCCCCUGCUCUCCCCCGCCAGCGCCCCGCGCCCGUUCCGCGCCUCCCCGCGCUCCGGAGCGGGGCCCAGCGCCUUCCCUUCCCGGCUCCAGGGCCGCACACAGGCCGGGACCCGUCCCAGCGCCCACGGGGCCGAGCCCAGGCGGCCCGGCGGCGUUUGGCUCUGUUACCGCCGGGCACCGCUCGGGACAGCUGUCCCUGUGCCUGUACCUGCCCUGCCCGCGCUCCCUCCGCCGCUCCGUCCCCUGAGGGCCCGGGCUCGCGCCCUGCCCUCACCGGGAGCCGCCGCGCGCGGCCGCACGUCCGGGAGCUCUGCGGGGACGGGAACCCACCGAGCCGCGCUCCUCCGCCGAACGUGCUGCCGAAUCCGCCCUUUCUAAACAGUCCUGAAUCCUCAAGAGUUUGGAAUUAGCAGCUGAACACCAAGAUUUUCUCUCUGCUCCUGGGGAACUACUGCAGCAGACAUUUCAAUGCAAGAGGAAAGAGUUUCCUUCACUUCUGUUCUACAAGCAGCAUCAUCCCCAGCCAGAAGUAAUUGCCAGUCAGUGCUAAAUGUCAUCUGUCCUGAAGGGAUCAUCUUAUCUACUGCAUGAUGGAUGUAAAUAAAGCCUUACAGCUCAUUUUGUCUGACAAGCUUCUCCUCAGCUUUCCCUGUAACCCUGUGUGUGUAUUCACAUGGGGGUGGCAGGGGGAGAGAGCCAUGGCAAGGAGAAGGCACCUCUGCUGAUUUGGACACACACUGGCAAUUUUAAUGGUUUGAAAUUAAAAGUCUUUGUUCCAGAUUUGCAGGCACUAAAAGUUACUAGUAAGAAUUGACCAGUAUAAAAGUAAAACAUUUCAGGUUUAUGGUAACAUAGCAGUAAAUUUAAGUAUUUAUUCAUAAUUUAAAAUGAAGCCUAAGAAACCUUUACUCUAAAGUUCGUAUGAAGGAAAACAGUAAUGUAAUCCUAUAAUAGUCUGUACACCUGUUUACAGAUAAUUGCUAUAUUCUUUACCUAUUCAAGACACAGAAAUAAAAAUGAGAAAUACUUCAGUUUAA